AUGGCUCCUAACAUGAUUAUCGAAGCUCCCCAAACUUUCGGCUCCAGGCUGACAGUGGCUCAGCGCAAGGAGGCCAGUGAAAUGAGGAGGACUCUCAAGCCCUUGAUGGAGAAAAAGAGGCGCGCUCGCAUCAACGACAGCUUGAACCACCUCAAGACACUCAUUCUCCCUCUCGUCGGCAAAGAUAACUGCCGUUACUCCAAACUUGAAAAAGCUGACAUCCUUGAGAUGACCGUCAGAUUCCUCAGAGAUCUCCCAUCUUCUCCUGUCAAAAAUUCAGCAGACAGUUACAAAGAUGGUUACAAAGCUUGUCUCCAGCGCGUCUCCGAGCUCCUGCCCAAAACCAGCCUGGACAAAGACGCAUGCCAGAGGGUGAACGACUACAUUCAGCAGUCCAUGCCAGCAGAGGCACCCUGUCACAACUGUUGCGGCCAGAGCUCCAAGAUGCUGCCCGAGAUCCAACAGAAAAUCCAGAACAUGAAAUCUGCCGCCAAACUGAGCGCGGAGACCAAGAGCACCAGCGACGUCGCCUCCCCAGCCAUCCGCGCGCAGCCUGCGCAACAGUCUAUCCACACCAGCAUGUGGAGACCUUGGUAGAGGCAGUUAGGGGAUGGCCAUGUCUAUUUAUUCU